AUGGCCAAGCGCACGAAGAAGGUCGGAGUGACCGGAAAGUACGGUACCCGUUACGGUGCCUCCCUGCGUAAGCAGGUCAAGAAGAUGGAAAUCUCCCAGCACGCCAAGUACACCUGCACCUUCUGCGGCAAGCCUACCGUCAAGCGCCACUCCACCGGCAUCUGGAACUGCAGAGGCUGCAACAAGACCGUUGCUGGCGGUGCCUACACUGUCGCCACCCCCGCUGCUGCUGCCAUGCGCUCCACUCUCCGUCGUCUGAGAGAGAUUGCUGAGGUUUAA